AUGACGUUCAUUUCAGUGGUAAUAAGUGAAACUUCAACAAGUUCAGACACAUGCACUGAUUUAGAUCCAAAAUGUGCAGAUUGGGCAAGUCGGGGUGAAUGUCAAAGUAAUCCUGUUUGGAUGAUGGCGAAUUGUCGAAUAUCGUGUCGCUGUCAAGGAGGUGACAGAGCAUGGAGAUUACGAGAUUGUAUCGCUUCCCACUAUGAUAAUCCUACAAAUUCAAACUUAUCACAUGUAGUUAGCGUUGAAAGCAUCCGUAUCAAUCACGUCGAUGUGGACAAAGAGAAACAGAUGGUCGGAGUAUUUGGCAGAAUGGUUCUGAUUUGGACUCCUCAACUCAUACAAAUAAAUUCAACAUCAAUAAAUCCAGGGACUACGAUAAGCAAAGUACUCGUAGCGAACCACACAGAUCAGGUUUAUAUGUGGUUGGAUUCUUCGUUUGCAGCUCCCUAUAACUUCCGAUAUGAGGAUUAUCCAAAUGAUUACCAACAUCUGUGUUUCAAAUUCGAUGAUAAACAAUAUUUUUCUGUGCGAUUUAUUAUUGCUGAUAAAGUUAAAUCAAAAAAACAUGAGGAAUUUACCGAAACUUAUGCUAUCGGCUGGACUCUUGAAAAUGUUGAAAUCAACGUAAGUCCUACAUCAGUUGUUAUUGGUAACAUUUUCAUGAACAUGAAUGAAUCAAAAUUCUGCACACAUACAUACACACAUACUGGCUAA